AUGCCCAAAAAGUCCUCCCAAGGGCAACACACCCGCGACAACAAGAAGGAGAAAAAGAAGCCCGCGCCGGCCCCUCGACGACAAGCCAAACCGCAGACGGAAUCCGAGGAGAUCAACCAGAUCGAUCUCUCGGCGACCAUUCCGGUGACGCUGCAGCAGUUACUUCUGAAUGUGUUCAGGUCGGCUUUGCUGAAUGAUGUGUAUGGUGGGAAUGCGAAUGUUGUAAAAAAUGAGAGUGGCAGCGAUGCUACUACAGAUGCUACUAGUACCCCAGAGUCUCGGCAGUUGGAUAUCAAGACGCUGGUCCAGACUAUCAAGUCUCAUCUUUACAAUCGCGACUUUGACUCUGCGUUUACCGAUGCGAAUGAGGAUCUGCUGAGGGCCUAUGCGUUGCGAUGGAGCGCGUCUAGGGCGCUGGGCUACGCGGGGGUUUUCAGGUCCUUGUUGAAGGUUCUGAUGCAGCAGGAUGGUGGGUUGAUGUCUUCUACUGGGUCGAAUCAUGUUGUUUGUAUUGGGGGCGGCGCGGGUGCAGAGAUCGUUGCUCUGGCGGCUGCUUGGAGGGACUCGGUGGGUGGGGUUGAGAGGGCGGAUGCGCUUUCUGCUGGCGCUGCGCCGAAAUCGUUAAGUCAUCCUGCUCUCUCGGUGACGGCUGUUGAUAUUGCGGACUGGUCGAGCGUUGUUGAUCGACUGUCUUAUACUAUUCGGUCCCCGGCUGUGAUGGGGACGAAGUCCCAUCCGGCGCCUUUGUUGAAUCUCGGGAAGGGUGGCGAUGGUGAGAAAGAGGGUGAGGAUGCUGCUGGCUUCGCGGUUAGGUUCAAACGCUCGGAUGUUCUUUCUAUCUCGGAGGAGCAGCUUAAGGAUCUUCUCCAUCUUGGCCCUUCGGAUAAGGGCAAUACUACCGUCAUGGUGACGCUCAUGUUCACGUUGAAUGAACUCUUCUCUACUUCUAUGGCGAAAACAACUGCUUUCUUGCUCCGCACGACAGACCUCGUCCGACCGGGGACUCUGCUUCUUGUGGUGGAUAGUCCGGGCAGCUAUUCCACGUUGAAACUCGGCAAGGGUAAAGCGCAGGAAGGCGCGGCGUCUGCUACUAUACAGGAACGGAAGUAUCCUAUGAAGUUCCUCUUGGAUCAUACGCUUCUUUCUGUUGCGGAGGGGAAGUGGGAACAGAUCUAUUCGCAAGAUUCACGGUGGUGGAGGAGAGAUACGGCUAGGCUGGGAUAUGAUGUGGGUGAAGGGGCUGGGUUGGAGGAUAUGCGGUAUCAGGUCCAUAUUUAUCGGAGGUUGGAUAAUUAG